AUAAACUCUUCAGGAGUUGUAUAUAAAUUGUGCACGUUUCUGCUAAGCAAAGCUGUCACAUUAAAGUUAAUUAUGUUUAUAAACGCGUUAAGUGUAUGUGCAUUCUGGAUAUGUAUUAUCAGCAUGCUUCAUCUUGAAUUGGCAGAGGAACCUGUAUGCACAUCACGAUUUGAUUAUGAUCUAAAGAUCGUUGAAAAGUUUCAUGAAAUGGACCAGAAAAUCAAAAGAGCUGAAGAAGAAUUACGAAGGCAACGGCAGCUUAUUGACAGAUUUUCUACUGAAGGAAGUGGUUCAGUGUAUGUAAGAUGGGGCCGGAACAUAUGUCCAGAACAUGCAGCAGCCAUAUACAACGGUUACGUCGCUGGAAAGAAACACGAUGACGAAGGUGGUGGGAGUGAUUCCUUGUGUCUUCCCUCUGAUCCAGUUUGGUCUAACUAUAGUGAUGUGGAUGACAGAAACCGAGGAUUCAUUUACGGGACAGAGUUUGACGAGGAGGGUGUCAAUAUAUUUGGUUACUCUGUUCUUCAACAAGACGUCCCAUGUGUCGUCUGCAAAACUCACAAGUCAGCACAUGUCAUGGUCCCGGCAAGAGCCAAAUGCUAUCCUGGAUGGAAAGAAGAAUAUAGUGGAUAUCUCAUGUCGGCUUACCGUUCUCAUCCGGGUCCUCAUAACCAUAUCUGUGUGGACAGUGAUCCAGAGUUCAUACCUCGCGGUAGCGAUAAUGAUAAUGAACAUAUUUUGUAUCUCAUGGAAGCACGAUGUGGUUCAUUACCUUGCCCGCCUUACGUUCAAGGAAGAGAGCUUCCCUGUGUUGUCUGUUCUGCCUAACUACCACAUCCUGAACUACACAUAAUAUACCACGUCAUAAAAGUAAAUUUCACUAUUAGCCUGAAAAAUGCUGAAGUAGUACUAGAAUUGAUUUUCGUCAGUGAUCGUCAGUGAGAAAAAUCUUUCGAGUCAUAAAAUGAGAGUAAAUUUUAGCUUCUUUAAUUUUUUUUAAUGCAAGAUGUACCAAAGAUUCGAUAAUUUUAUUCCAUUUUAACAUAGUAAAGUGAAUCCUAACUGAAUAUAAAUAGAACUACAAUAUUACAUCAUCUUGAGACAGCAGAGCUAGCUCUUAACUCUACCUACUUGAACAGCUAAUCUGUUAGAUUUUUGUGCUUUGAUUUAUGUUAUCGUUGAGUUUGAUAUAAGCUAGACUUUUCUUAGAUAUGUAAUAAUGUUUAUAUUAUAAGUAAAGAAAAGAUAAGCAGCUCAAAACAAAGGAACAAAUCUGAAUAAUUAAAAUGCAUUUUUAAAACUUAAGAAGAAAGUAGCAGGAAGCUUGUUACUUCCGAAUCAGUGAGAGUUAAAUUAACGCACCAAAUCGGUUACUUUUUAUUGACAAGUAUUAUAACAUUAGCAGGGUGACGUAUUUUACCACACUUGACCGAUUUAACGCAGUUUUUGCCCGAAAUGCAACGCUUUCUAGUUCAUUGUUUUCCACCACGAAUUAAAAUACAAUCACCGCAUCAAUACAAGGUUCGCCGAAGGAUUCUAAAUAUUUUGUAAACGACGAUAUGGCACACGUCUGGAACAAUCCCUUUUCUAGAAAUAAAUAGCAUAUACCACUUGAUACUUAACAGUGUGAGAAAGAGUUGACAGUCUGUGGUAUAUUAUCUGAUCAACUUUUUAUCAUUCAAAGAUAAGUAAAUUCUAAUUCAUUCUCUGUCAUUAAUACUUCUUUAACAAUAUAAAUACUUCUAACAAGA